CGCAGCUGUCCCUGAAGUUUCCGUGCCUCAAGCAGCUGGCCUUGGAAAGGGUCACCAUCUCGGAGGACGUUCUCCAGGGCAUGCUCUCUGGCUGCCCUGCCUUGGAAAGCCUUGAGCUGAUGAAAGUUUUUGGCAUUGAUCGCCUUUGCAUUAGCUCCCAAACUCUUAAAAGUUUACGCUUUUUCGCCGGCUGGACCAGUCAAGGUCUCUUUUUGCAUGAGUUAGUCAUUGAGGACGCCCCGUGCCUUGAGAGAUUGCUACGUCUUGAUCCAGUGGGCACAAAGUCCAUAAAGAAAAUUGGUGGGGCAACUAAACUGGCGAUAUUGGGUAUGCUGUCUGAAGAUAUAUCUGAACUCCACCUUGGAAGUUCAGUUUUUCAGAAAAUGAUUGCUGUCAGUUUGACCACCAAAAUGCACACCAUGAGGGUUUUGGCUCUCAGAUCUACUGGCCCUAAUUUGGAUGCAGUGGUUAACUUCCUCAAGUGCUUCCCUUGCUUGGAGAGGUUGUAUGUCAUUUUCAAGUCAUGGGAGGUUAUCAAUAAUGUCCGGAGUUAUGAUCCACUGGACCCAAUUGAAUCCCUUGAGCUCCGUCUCAAAAAUGUGGUGUUGAAGAAUUAUGACGGCACCAAGAGUUCAUCUAUUGACUUUGCCAAGUUCUUUGUUCUGAAUGCAAAAGUGCUAAAGGAAAUGAAAAUCACAUUGCCUUACCACCGCCAGCACAGAUGGUUUGCUAAGCAAUUCAGCCUGCUACGAGUCAGAAGUAGAGCUUCUCAAGAUGCUCAAAUUGAAAUGAGAUGUGGCAGUCACGAGUAUUUCACACACAUCAAGGGUACCCAUGAUUUAUCAACUCACGACCCCUUUGACUUGCCCUCCAUAGGGUGCUCAAAGUGUAAAGAGAAGGGUCUAGGAGAUGCGGUAUACCAAAUUUAAAUAGAACAUUGGGCUGCCAAGACCACCAACCUGUGGUGCUAGCCAGUAAGCCUCCAAGCCUUUCUCUGAUGUAGUUGGUGCCCAUCCUGAAAAUUGACUUGCCUUCUUUUCAAAGCCCAAGCUUUUGUAUCUAGCCUAUAAUGUUGUCCCAGCCGUCUACUUCAUUUAGCAAUGGAAUGUUUUGUGGCCCACUCAGGAUUUUACCAGGACAAAGGAGGUGGUGUCCAAGCUCAUGCUUCAAAUCUCAAUUUGCGUAAUGUAUUUUCUGUUCUAUCGCGCUUGAAACGGUUCAUCAGUAGUUUAUUUUAUGUUCUAUUGCGCCUAAAGGGGUUCCUCAGUGGUUUAUUUUCUGUUCUAUUGCGCUUGGAUGCUGGUUUUUAAUCUGUUGUGUUUAGUUUGUAAU